CCUAUCAACAAAUGAUCCUAAUGCUUUGAUGCAGCUAUGGGAAAUACAUUCUAGUGGAAAGCUCAUCAAAGAUUUAGCUAACAUAUUAUUCCCAGUGGAACAUCAGCAAGAGUUCAUAGAUGAAUGGAUGACGUACAUCGAUGAAAAUGAAUACAAAGCGGUGCUCAGUAAGCUGACAGGAAAAGGAUUUUAUUCCCAGAUGGCUACCAGCAAGUUGAAUCAGUUUCUGGAAAAUGUUGAUGAAAAGGUGUUAGAGUGUACCAUCUGCUUUAAGAGACUUAAGAAUCCGAAAUCCCUCACCUGCCUACAUAGCUUUUGUUUGGCAUGUCUGGAAGACUGGGUUAAGGUGAAUGGUGAACUGACUUGCCCAACAUGCUCAAAAUCAUAUCCCAUUCCAAAGGGCGGGCUUCAGAAUCUUCCACCAAAUACCUUUCUAAAUAACUUAUUAGAAACUAUGGAACAAAUUUCUGAAAAAGAUCAGAUGAAAUGUGUUUGUGGAAAGGAAGGACAGGUAAAAUACUACUGCAAGGAUUGCAAACAGUACUUGUGCUCUACUUGUAGUGAUCAUCAUACAAAUUAUAGACUCUUUGCAAAUCACAAGUUAUAUUUAAUGGAGGAUGUGCAAUCAAUGAGCCCCUCUGAGAUGACUUUGUUACAUCCACCUCAGUGUUCACAUCACAGUAAACCUUUGGAGUUCUACUGCACAGAUUGUAAAACUCCAAUCUGUGUACAUUGUAUACUUAUGGACCACAAUGCAUGGGAUGGAAAACACAAAUCAAUCAACAUUUCAGACGCAUUCCAAACAUUUAAAGAAACUUCAGCCACCUUGGAAAAAUCUGCCCAACACUUUUUUAACAAAUUAGAAGAUGGUCUCAAAGCUGUUAUACAGAAUGCUACCAAAUUAGACCAAAUGAUAAAGGCACAGCAAUGA